CAGAUACGACCCCAGCUACAUUUUUCGGCUAAAGGGCAAAGAAAUUAGGCUCUUAAGACCAUCUGGCGUCUCAGAAAAUGAAGAAACUUUUGCUGCUCUUGACGAUUUGUACAGCUCUGUGUUAUGGUCAAUUUCCAUAUGAGGUGCCAUGCAGGCUUACUCCCAAUCCAGGUCCUAGCAUUGGUAACACCAUGACUAUUCACACCAACAAAGAUUGCGCGGAGGGAUCAGUCUUUUGGAACUACCCAGAAGGUAACCUCCGUGUGGUCUUCGAACGGAGGAGUUCCUCAGAUGCGUUCGAGGUCUGCUUGACCAAGGAUGGAGGCAGCUAUAAUUUAAACAGGAUUAUCGAUGUUAGAACAGGAAACCUUAUACCAAAACCCAUAGGUAGUGACGAGUGUGUGAGAAGUAAGGACGGCCGUGUUGUUUUGGAGUUCCAGUCGGACCGUCUGUUGUACUACCUGGCCAUAAUCAUAUACAAAAUACAGUAA